UGACAUAGAUAUUUUUUUUCUGUGUAUUGCUCUUACUCUUAGACUUGUCAAGUCUGUAAACUCGCAAAGCCGGAAAUAUCACCUUGUUUAGGUAAAAAUAACGGGUUGACCUGCUAAAGUAGAUCUGAUUAUAAGAAAUUCACAAGAAUAUUUUUGGAUGUCUUGAGGGAUAUGCCAGUACCAUAGAACCCAGUCUCUUUGGUUGCUUCCCCCUUAGCAGAGUCAACGACCCUGGUGAUGUGAAAGUUGAUUGCAACUUUUCCAUAAGUUCAACCUUACAUCUCUCUUCUCGGAAACUUGAAAAACUUAGACGUCGAAGGUGCUUUUUGAUUAAAGAAACGAAACCGGUAUUGUAGAUAGCAAGUGUUGGUUCUAUUGUUGAGUAAAUCUCUCGCCAUGACGCCGAGAUGAUUGUCAGUUCAAUUUGCAUUCCUUUGAGUUAGAGCGUGUUUGUGUAAACAUACAUUUCUUAGCCAUGUUAAGGAGGAUGGCUUAGACAGGGCGAGACAAACAGGUUCGUGCUAUGCUGUUUGUGUGUGUUUUUCUAAUACAUUUGAUCGUGACAAGCUGAAGAUGGUGUGAUCUAUUUCUGGAAUUGGAUAAAACUUCUGAGAAUCAACUAUUUCAAAGAAGGCAUCGCCGAGAAUAAUACUGUCAUGGCGUCUUUUAAGCCGGAAGUGGUUUCCAACGAGCAGUCUGACGAUGAUGAUAUCCGCGGGGACGGCAAGAAAAGAAAGUUCAAGCCCCUGUCCGCUGUCCGGCGGUUUUUCCGGCCGAAGAAGAAGAAAGAGGAUGCCGUGGUGGCAGUGAAGGCCAACUCGACCACUGCCAUACAGGAUGACGAUGACGACGAUGGAGGGUUUAAGAGUCACAAAGUCGCGCCUCUGGCUGGGGCCAGGAGUCUCUCCGAGGACAGCGUCUUCUCCACGGAAGCCAGGGAGUCCAUCAACAGGUUCCCCACCACCGCCGCCUCUGCCGAGAACAUCCCUAGGACGUCGUCGGCGUUCCAGAGUGAGCUCCUCACCAAACUCAACAAGAGGCGCUCCCUGUACUCUGACGACGAGCGGGAUGACGGCUUGCCCAAGAGCCCCGUGCCCCCCUUCAUCGCCGCCGAUGUGAGUUCCCUUAAGCCUGGUACAUCUGGUCAGAAACCUUUCACCAGAGACUCAGACCAAAGUCUAAUCAGUGUGGAUAGUUCAGAAAACGAAGAGGAUCUGUUUGGAGCAAGUAAUUGGAAAGGCAGAGUGGCUGCCAAAAAAACAUCUGACCAGAGGGCAUUGUCCAACAGUUCAGAUAGUGGCAUGGAUUCUAUAGACUUUGGCAGCAUACAAAAGACGGACAUUCUAAACAAUGCUGCCGCCAAAGCCAAGAUAUCUGUCAAACCCAAAGCACGCAAUCGACAGUCUAGGAAGAAAAGAGAUACACCAUCACCACUAACAUUACCUAGCCUGAAUGAAGAGUCCCCAACAAAGCAGGUUCCUGAAGAUACAAGCUUUGCACAAAAAAUUGCAACAUCAAGUUCUGUAGUGGAGCAACCAGAGAAAUCCCCAGUGAAAUCACCUGUGUCAGACUUACCAGCACAACCAUCACCCAAGCUGAGUAAAAAGAUUGAGCCUGAUGGCUUAAGGUUGAACCUGACUUCUCUAGGUACCAGCAGCAAAGGGGAUAAGGAUCUACCUGGGUCACCCGUAGCAGCCCCAAUUGUUGGAACUCCAUCUUCAAGCAAAGCCUCCACACCCUCCUCUCCAGGUCAUAGGUCAACUAUUUUAUUUAAACCUGGAGAGUCACAGGUCAGCAGCUCUUUGCUGACCAGCCCAACCAGCCCAAGUAUAAAGGCAUCCUCCGAAAUGAACAUCACUGAAAAGCCCAGCUUAGACAAAUUUUCCUCCAGCAGUCGUGGCAUUGACAAACUACCCCUAACCUUUCAGCAAGAAGAGUCAAUGGACAAACCAUCGCACACUCUUCAUCAAGGAGGGUCAGAUCUAAAUGAGGAUAAGCCAAACAUAGACCUAAAGUCAAGAAUGAGCCAGUUUGAAGCCAAAAGUCAUACUUCUGAACCUGCCCUGAAAAUUUCAGAUCCCAGCUCCAACAUAACAGUGUCACCUAAAGAAGAUUAUAAAAUCAAACGGCAGGUUCGCAGUAAAACUCUCCCUGGCACUUCUGAAGAGCAAGCAUCGCCACGUGUGCAGCGCACAAGUUCUCAUCGUAUCCCGAUGACAACCACCGGGUCCCUUGAGCAGCCUCUACAAAUGGGUCUUUCUUUGGCUUCAGAGAAAACACCUGACUCACCAACUGCUAGCUGUCCGCAGACACCGCCAGUGUCGUCCAGCGUGAAGAAACUAGAAAACUGGAGAUUCCCCUCACAGGAUCCUCAUGCCAUCUCUGAACCUCGCUGGAAAGAUAUCAUAAGAAAGAAGAAAGAAGAUGCUGAUGAUGCUGAGAGCUCUAAACACGCAGUCUCUGAUUUACUAAAGCAGAAGUCAGGCUUGGCUGCGGAUAAAAAAGUUGAAACAGUGUCAUUGAAACAAAAGGAUUUCACACCAGAAAAAAAGGUUGAAAUUAGCGCCAAUUCUUCUGAUGUGACAAUUGAGAAAUCUGUUUUAUCUAAAAAGGAAAGUUUAGAACUGGAUGUCUCAGAGUUAAAUUCUGUAAGGCUGAUGAAACCUAGUCAGGAAGGGAAGUUGUCCGCUACCGUUACAACCAAUUUGUCUAGUGCAACUGGUAUGGACAAAAAUAAGUUGUCUCAGGGUGCUGGUUCCUUGGAUAAAGAGGAAACAGCCAAGCCCAGUACUAAAGACAUUAGGGGCAUCUUUGGAGGUAGUGUCAGAGACUCAUUUACAAAGUCAAGUGAGAUCUCGUACAAUCGACCUGGAAGUGUUAAAACACCUGCUUCUGUUUCCGCGUCUCUGGGAUAUAAAAUGCUAGCAUCGCAGGGUUCUUCCAAGUCCUUGAAACCUGAUGUGCCUUUGAAUGUAAAGCAGGAUUCUAUUUCAUCCUCUGCGGCACAGGCUCUGAGCUCAGCCUCCUCAUCUGUGACUACUACUCCUCCUACUUCCUCAACGACCUCUUCUUCCCAAACGGUAACUGCACCAGCGGCAGCGGUCAAACCUAUAACUAGUGUUCAAUCUGCCAAGGGUUCUACAAGCUUUGCGUUCCCCCCUAAGCCUGUUAGCACGCCUGUCUCUAAGCCCGCCAGCUCGCCUGUCUCUAAGCCCGCCACCUCGCCUCUUUCUCCCACCCAGCCUGCUUUCCAUAGUGUCAAGCCUUUUGGUGUUGGUAUCAAACCUUUAGCCUCUGACCCUUCACCUGCUGUGUCUACACCCUCAACAUUUGUGCCUACGUCAGUGUCAUCCUCCUCUUCUGUUGAUGCACCUGCACCCUCUGCCACUCACAUCACUUCUACUCGCCCACAUUCCUCUUUCACCACAUCCGCCACUCCCAAACCUCAAGUGUCAAGCGCAUCAGUUCCCGCACUUCCGCCAAAGUCUAUGCUGCACACCAAACCGGUGGACAGCAAAGUGGUCCUUGAAGAGAAGAAGCCAGAACCUACUUCUAAUGUUCCAGCCUGGCGGGCCAACCUCAAGAAUGAUGCCUCAAAGAAGGAAGUGAAAAUAGAAAUCAUAGAGAAGACGCCAACUCCCAACUCAGAUAUCCUCAGAAAAGGGAGUGAUAAGGCUAAGAGCAGUCAAGUCACAAAGAAGGAUUCAGUGAGCAGCACAGGAAGUAACAUUCAGCUGGACAGUGCCUCCAACAGAUCUUCCAAAGUCAUGGACAUGGUCAAGAACUUCCAGAAUUUAAAGAUAACCUCUUAGGAGUCCCAGUGGAAACUGUUGAUUGAAACUCGUGUACACAAGCUUGACACCUCAAUCAUCAGAAGUUUUAAACAUUUCAUACUUGCUCUCUUGGAAACAAAAACAGUUUUAUUUGCGAGAGAAUGGAUCUUUAUAACAUCAGAAAUGACCUUGGCGGAGCCCAUUGUUUUGGUAGGGAGAGACACUCUUGUUAUAUUAAUAUGCAUUUCUGUGGGGAACACUGGAUUCCUUUAUGAGGGUGAAAGCUUCUAUGUGUGAGAAAGUUGACAUUUUGUUAAGAAUAUUUAUUCCAACCAGGACUUAACAUUUUUGUUUUAAUAAUACAUUCUAAUAAUAUACAUUCCUAUGUGUUUACUCUACUCCGGACAUUUUUUUUUUUUAUUUCAGAUCCUUUAUAUAGUUUAGAAAUAGAUUUUAUAUCGGUCUAAAUCUGUAUAAAUUUUUUAAAUUACAAAUAUAUAUUAUUAACAUAUUCAUUAACAAAUGCCUUUCUUGCUUGGUUGAUGAAUAUUACUUGUAAUUGUUGAUUCUGUACAUGUAUAUGUUAAACAAAAAUUGCUGAUUCGACCAAUGAUUUGCACCUUUAUAGGCCUUUGAAGUUAAAAGCUUUAUGUUUCAAGAAAUAUUGAGAAUCAUAAUCAAUUCUUUAUUUCAAGAAUGGCUAUCAAUUAUAGACGACAAGGAAAUUGUUUGAUACCAAGGCUCUGUUAAGUUUUUAAUUUGUAUCGUGUGCUGAAAGACUUAACUUGAAGGCAUAAACAUUGUGAAACCUUGUGUUACAGCUCUGAAUUGCUUUUUGGUAAAAGUUUUCAUUUUUCUUUCUCCAAGUUUUCAUCACCAAGUGUAAUAUGGGAGAUUUAGUCUUUUUUUUAAUUGCAUCAAGGGGUUUUAAGCGUGUAUGUAUAUAAAGAGGUGGAGAUUUUACGCAUAUAAAAGCAUCAACAAGAACAAAUAGUAAAGCGUCUAGCUAUUUAUUUAUGGUCUUUGAAGGCCUUGUAAAACACCUCAUGAAAUUAUGAUCUUGUGUGAUGUCCUAAUGGUCCAACAGACUAAGGGAUAGCUGAAGAUUUCUGGGUUACAUGAUGUCUUUGUUGUUUCUAAAUUGUUUAUAAAUGUGCUUACAAAUUUCAAGAGUUUAUAAGAGUUGGCAACAGAAGUCACAACUGAUAUUGUGAAUACAUCUUUUAUUGUAAAUAAUAAUAUUUUGUCAAAACUAUGUAUAUUGUCUUAUGAUGUUUCACAUAUAUUCUCAACUUGUCUUUGUUAGUCUUGACAUUUAAAUCAGGACUAGAAGAGUGUACAUAAUGUGUAGAUAUCCAGAAUCUUUUUUUUUUUCUUUUCUUGAAUUACUUUAUGUUGAUUGAACCCUAUUUUAUUUUAUUUUUUUUUAAUCAUUAUAAUUUUCUAGAUAAAAGCUUUACUAAUAGUAAUAAUUUAUCACAUUUUUCAGUCUGAAAUAUUUGUUGUUUUUGGAUGUCACUUUACCAUGUAAUAUUUUGCAAGACUUUUUAAGCAGUAAGAAUUAGACUUCUUCUUCUUCUUCUUCUAGCCAGCUUUAUUGCUGCUGAGCUGUGAGCUCUUUCGCUGACUGUGCCAAGGAAAAAAAGUGUGCUGUUUUCUUCAGUAAGAAUUAGACUUAAAUUAGCUCAAAAUGAAGAUGCCUAGCGAUUGUGCAUAGACACUUUAAAAAAAAAAAAAGGAAACACAGUGUAUUUUGGUUCUGUACUAUUUGUUACAAUUUAAAAAAUGAUUCAAAAGCUUCAACUAUUUGUCAAUUUAUUUUUU